CUGGCGCAGGAUGGCAGACAACGACCCGCGGAGCGCGCAGGAACUCCCGCAGUUUGCAGAAAACCUACUACAGCAACUGCAGGAGAACUUUCAAGCUUUGACUGAAAAGUUAACUCUGAGAAUGGAAGAAAUGGGUGAACGUAUUGAUGACCUUGAAAAGCAUGUCACUGACCUAAUGGCACAGGCCGGGACAGAAAAUACCAAUGAGGAUCUGAUGCACUGAAAAUGAGAACAUACUGAUCAAGAAAUACAGACUGAUUCUGUAUUACAUUCUAUUGAGAAAGAGGAAGAAUGUCAUUUACAAACAGGAUGUGUAUUUCUACAAAAUUCAAGUGAAAAUAACACGCAUUGUAAAGGACUUCAAAGGGUAAAAUUUUUAGUCUUGCACCAAGACUGACAGCAAGAAUAUCUAUUAAUAUUUCAGCAAUCACAAAGAAUAGCUCCAGUGAAAGUAAAGUAUAUAAUCAAAUUAUGUCAUGCAAGAUAUGAAGUCUCCAUUUUUUAUUACUGAUCCAAUAAAGGAGGAAAGAUAAGUUAUGACCAUCAGACUAAUGACACAUUUUACUUAAGAUUGCCACAGAAGAAACACUCUUAUCAAGAUAACACUAAAUUUGUGUACAAUAUUCAUUGAAAAAAACCAAAAAUAUAUUCUGUAAUGAAUCUGCUCAGCCAUGUAAUUUUUAAAAUGAUAAAGAUUAAAUAAAAAGCUAUUCACUUUCAAAAUAAAUGUUUACAUUUUGUUUCAGAAUUUCCUUGUUUUUUAGUUUAAUAGUCCCAGAAUUCUGUUGUGGCAAUGUAUUUCCACACUUGCAAUAUUGUGUAUGUAUGAACCCACAUUAUUUUGUCACUCUUAGUUUCAGUGUGCGCACGAGCUCUCUCUCUCUCAGAAUAUGGACCCAUACUAUUAAUGUGAAAGAUGAUUUGUAUCUUUUUAUCUGAGUGAUAUAGUCUACUCUGGUGCACAGACUAUAUUUACACUACAAGCUAGGGCUGUGAUUCCUCUACUUGCAUACACAUGCUCUAACCCUCAUCAAGCUAGUUAAAGUAGCAGUGUUGCCAUGUUAGCAUGGGUAACGGCACCCAUUGGUUCAGGAGAGUUUGUACUAAGCAUGGCUAAGCCAUGCCUCUGCUCCCACGCGCAGGGCCAGCUUUAGGAAGUACAGGGCCCGAUUCGAAUAGUUUCAACGAGGCCCUGGCAGGGAUGACUCACCUGGCAGCACUACGGGUCUUCGCUCCGGGUCUUCCAUGGCACUAAAGGACAUGCC